AUGUCGAUGUUCCGAUCAGCAGCAGAAAUAUCACCAUCGGACUCGGAUCCCGACUCCGAUUCAGAAGAAAGUCAGAUUCAGGAAUCUGGAUCAUCGACUCCUCGACAUGCUGCAGACAAUCAAUCCAGCAGCUCGAGGAAGGACAAGACCAAGCAAGUCCCGAAAGACUCGGAUGCUACAGAUCCAGACUCUUCGAUCUCUUUCGACGAUAGACCAGCAUUGCCACAGGAUUUGGUGGAUGUAAAUGUUGAUCAGCAUGCAAAUGUUAUGACAGCCGCCCUCUUGGAAUUUUAUUGUCAGAGUCGAGCAGCAGACAUUCUCAAUGCUCAGCGUGGCUCGAAUAAACCGUUCAGUCGACACAGCCCCGAGGCUCAAUACCUUGGUAAGAAACUAUACAAAUACAAAUCACAGUUCCUGUCAGCUCAUGGUGUCUUGGCUGACGGUAUUGACAAAGAGGAGAUGGGGCCAAGUAGGCAGACUUAUCGUGAUAACCUUGACUUGCUUGGUAUAUCUGCCCUCGAGGAGAUGAAUUUCCAUGAACCCCACGGACGGUCUACCGCAAUUGACUCUGGCGAGGAUCUCGCCUUAAUAAAAAAAGCUUGGAUGAAGAACCCUAGCGCUGGAAAUGCGGACAGCCCUGCACUGUUUCGGCGGAACACCGAACCAAAUCCAGCGUUUAGGAAACAGCUUCCUCCUGCUAAUAAGGUGGAUUUCAUUCCUGCCAUUCCCCGUGCACCAAUGAACCUCCCCAACCCUUCGAUUCCCCUCUUUGGUAGUUCACCGGUCGGAAUUCCGCUUUUCCACUCUCCCACAGCCCCGCCAUACAACCAGCUGUCAAGAUAUGCCGUCGAAUUCCAGGAGCUCAAGAUAUUGGGCCGCGGGUCUUUCGGUGAAGUAUACCACGUCACCAAUCACAUUGACGGACAAGAUUAUGCCGUCAAGAAGAUCCCACUCAGUCAAAGACGACUUGAACAGCUGCAAUUUGGAGGUCAAAAUCAGCUCGAGGUUAUCAUGAAAGAGAUUCGCACACUUGCCCGCCUUGAGCAUACGAACAUUGUUCGAUACUAUGGGGCAUGGGUAGAGCAGGCCCAUCACUCGCACCCACCUCCAACUGAAUACCACCCUUCUGAUACAGCAUGUGAUGAGUCGCAAAACAGCUUGUCUUCUCCAGGUAACCCAAACGAGUCAAGCAUGGGAAUUGUCUUCGGAUAUUCUGAAAAUUCAGAUCCCGAGUCCCAGUCAAGCUCUCUACCUGAAGAUCACAGCUUUACCGAGAGUAUUCGACGCUGGGACAGCCAUGCUACAACCUCAUCCCGUCGGUCAAAAAAGAGUUCACGAAGGGGAUUGGAUGAGGAAGAUGAUGACAUUGAAUCCAUUCCCCGUACCUUCGACGGACAUACCUCUGUUGACCAAACAUCUACUUUUGGAAAUACUGACGACAUCUUCACUGAUGGUCUGAGCCAAGACCAGUCCAAACUCCAAAUUCAACCCCGUUCCCGCCCUGGUCAGCAACCCCCGGCGGUCAUUCUUCACAUUCAAAUGUCACUUCAUCCCAUUUCACUCGGCGCGUAUCUGAACCCUCAAGCCACUCCGAAGUAUGAUGGAUGUUCACACGCCAGGCGCCAUUGUUUCCAUCUACUUCCAUCACUGAAGCUCAUGAUGGAUAUUGUGUCGGGUGUUGAGUAUCUGCACUCAAAGGGGAUUGUACAUCGCGACUUGAAGCCUGCAAACAUCUUCCUAUGUGCGCCAGAGACUAGCACAGCAGAUAUAUGCACCGCGUGCAGCUCCGGCGAAUCAUCCCCCAUGCAUUUCUGUCGUCCCCGCAUCGGGGACUUUGGCCUCGUGGCCGACAUCUCCCACAUCAACGAGGCAGCACAGGGCACUAUGGCACCGUUCCGAGAAGGGCCGAAUAUCCAGCGAGUGGUUGGAACCGAGUUCUAUCGUCCUCCAGCUAAUCUGUCUGCGCCUGCAAGUGACCCGAACUCACCAGUGGAUUUCUUUGACGAAUACAAGAUUGACGAAAAGCUCGAUGUUUACGCCCUCGGUGUCAUUCUCUUCGAGACUGUUUAUCGUUUGAACACAAAGAUGGAAAGACAAUUUGUCUUGAAUGACCUAACUCGCGGAUCAGGCCAGGAUCCGUCUGAACGCACCGUCUUCCCUCCAGAUUUCGCCGCCAAGGUCGAUUAUGGCUCAGUUGUACUGGACAAUGGAAUCUCAGUCGCUGACUCUCUCAUGACAUGUAUGAAAGGAAUGUUGGAGCCCAGAUCGCAGCAGCGGUGGAAUUGCCAGGAUGUGAAAGAGCAUUUACGGGCGAUGAAGAAAGCUGUUCGACGAUACGAGGAAACGCAGGGAAACAGGGACCAAUGA